GUGAUUUGCCGGGACUACUACGUCUGUCCAGCACAGCGGCGUCCGGCAACCAGUUCUCUCUCUCUCACACAAAGACAUGCAGACGCAAUGAGAUUCAUUCAACAGCGAGAAGGGUUUCGCCCCAAAUAAUACCGAAUCCAUUUGCAGCUUUGGGCGCUCAACAAAGAAAAAGACAACCAUCAACGCGGUUACAUUGGAGAGAGUGCCAUCAGAUAUCAUGGACGAAGUUGUACAGGCUGUUGAGAAGGUUAAAAAAGAGUGGGACGAGACAUUUGAACGAGCCCAAAAGCAUGUUAAAGCAGUUGAGGAAUAUGGUAAAUCAGGAACUGGUAGUAACAAAGGGAAUUCUCUUCCAAGACUAAAUGGCCUUGCACAGGAUGAGUUGGCUUUACUUAGAUCUUUUCAGUUUAGACUUGAUCUUCUUGCCCCACAGCUGCCCACUGAAGAAGAAAUACUAUCUGCUCAAUCAACAUUAGAAUAUUGGAAGAUUCAAUAUCAGAGUUUGCAUUUGGGCCUAAGGAAUGCCAAUUUGAAAGCACAGGCCAAUGUAAGGAAAGCUGCUCAGGCAGAGAGGGAACUUCUUUUAGGAGGUGGAGGAGAGUCCACAAUUCGCCGGCGAAAUUUGCAGCACAGAUAUUAAACAUCAAUGAUGUGGCCCAUGUGGGACAAGUAGACUGAUCUAUGAAGAACUUAUGAUGUAUGCCAAUACUGAUCCAGAAACCAUAUCC